AAAAAUAAUUAAAAAAAAUAAGAGACUUGUGGCAAGUCUACAAAUAUUUAUGCACUACAGCACCUGACUACAAUCACGUGAUAAACCGACCAAUACAAUUACAAGGAUCUACUGGGCGUGUUGUAAGUGGAUGAUAUACGAAUUUGUGUCCAAUAAUAAUACUGGUAUCUACAGCGCGUGACUGUAUAAUCUGACAGUGUAAAUGCUCAAUGACACGUGAUAUUAAACCAACAAAUACAUUUAAAAAAAGGAUCCAUAUUUGCUGUGUUUUAAGCGCAUGAUAUCAUAAGAAUUGAUGUCAAAUGGUAUGUGUCAUGGUGAGGUAAUUAUUCGAGGAGAGACAGACGUUUGUACAUUCUAAUUGACGACAAGCUAGAGUUUUUUUCCAUAUAAAAGACAACUUUCUCCAAAUUGAAAUAAUGAGUAUAUUUGACUCUGCGUACUACCUCGAAGCUUAUGCCCAGUUUGUAGCAGGUUAUGACAAAUCCGGCACCAUGAAAGUGUUGAGCGAGUCGGAGUUUGUAAAACAUGUUGUUGAACAAUUGAAGACUAAAGAUACGAGCAUUCGAAUGCUGGGGAUUGGUAGCUCUUCAGGUGAAAUCGAGAUUCUUUUCAUUAAGCAAUUGUUAAAUCGUUUUUCAACCAUUGAGAACACAGUCGUUGAGCCAAGCACCAAAGCGAUUACCGAAUACCAAAGCACAGUAAAAGGCAAGUGGAACAACGUCAAGUUUUCUUGGUUCAACAGUACGUUUCAACAGUUUAGAGAACAACUUGAAUCAGCUGGAAAUGAUCAGAAAUUUCACCACAUUAACUUGGUGGAUUCCAUAUACUAUGUAGACAACUUAAAAGAAGACAUUUUGUUCAUGUUUGAUAAAUUGGAGAAAGGAGGAAUAAUGCUUAUCGUGGUUCAAUCUGAUCAAUGUUUGAUGCAUAAAAUUAAGCAACGUUAUCCAGAAUUGUCACCAGAAAGUAAGCUGGUUAGUUCAACUGAAGUCAUUGACGCUUGCAAGACUAACCGAAUUCCAUUUCAUCACCACCGCCAAGAGGGAUAUGCUGACAUCUCAAGGCUUUAUUCGCACAGCUUUACACGAAACGAACAUAUGUUGGUAGAUUUUUUGGUUGAAAUAACAAAUUUUAAGGAAAACGUAUCUGAAGGUUUCUAUGAUGAAGUAAUUGCAUUCAUCAAAAGCCAAGUUUGUUCAGAGACGACUGAAGGCAAAAUGAUGGUUCAUGCUGAUAUUGAUCUGAUGUUUAUCACAAAACAAGUUUAAUCUUUGCUGCUAAUAGCUACAACAUGUAAUAACUUACUCGCUACACAAAACAAUAUAAUAACAGUGGCGGACCGUAGCGUUAAUUGCAGGGUAUGCUAGGUAUUGGCAUAUCUAGGAUUUGCGAGGGGCGCGCACGCCCCCUCCUCCCUGAAAAAAAAUACUCGCCCAUCCCUUAGUCGCACCCCCCCCCCAACAAAUCAUGCUCAAGUAGUUAAAAGUCACCUCAAAUCACCUUAUUUUGCGAGUUAGCCUCCUCACCUAAUCAACGAUCCCCCACCUUCCCACCCCUUCAGCUCUAGUGGCGGAUCCAGGGGGGUUCAAGGGGUUCGGACGAAUCCCCUCUGUGAAGAAAUGUAACAAAAUAUAUAGACUUGGUCCUGGCUUACAAAGGGCAUGCUCACUUACCUAGCCAUAGGUUGGCAGAUCGCACAAACUAGGCUUUAGCCCAAUUAGUAUUCAAUUAAAUACAAUUAAAAACAUUGUUUUUAGCUCGAUUGAUCUAUAAAGAAAGACUAUUUAUCCAUGAACUACUAAAUAUUGUUGGAAUAUAGGCCUAAUUAAUAAUGUAUUGACUAUAUCUUUGAUUUUCUUCUUGUAUAGGCCUAAGAAUGAGAUAAAAUCACUUGACCUUUUUUUUAAGAGGGGUAAAACCUUGAAUUUCGAAGAAAUUAAAGGUCAUUGAAAGACGCCUCAGAAGUCGGGAAAGCUCAUUUCCGGCCCGGAUCUAGGAAUCAAACGUUUUCCCGGGGGAGGACCCCCGACACCCAUUUCAUUUUCGGGUUUUUGGGAAAAAUUUUGAAACCCCUCCUUCAAAUCCUGGAUCGGCCCCUAAGCUCCCUUCCAUUUCAAAAUACAUAUGUAUGUUAUUUUCAAUACCGGCAUGGUUGUAGUACCUUCUCUUCAAAAAAAUUCCUAUUCCUGUAUUUUAACAAAUUUCAAUUCAAUAAUUCAAAAUUUCUUCUAUACAGGUCAUAUGUAUGCAAAUAUAUUUAAACUUUAAUCAUUGAGAUUAGGCCUAUAGAUAGAAUACCCGAUCGGCAGUGGAGGUCCCGAUUUGUGAUAUGAAGACAAUGCGCACACAUUCUUGGAAGCACCGCUCCAUUCCAGUGUUAAGUUAGCUAUUCUGACGCCACCACACGGUUGUAACAAUAGUAAAUUUAAGCGCCAUUGAAUCACUGAAUACGUGAUUGCUGAUAUUGAAAACCAGCCAUGCUUAAGUUCUAAGCUAAGAGUACGAUGCGAUAGGCUAGGCCCGACUGUGACUAGAUGCCAAAGCAUUAAUAAAAUUGGUAUUCCAAUGAACUAUAGCAAUCAACUUGAAAAAAUUAAGGUUUAUGAAGAUUUUGACUAAGAAAUGCUACAGAAAACGGAGAAACUGUACUACUAUAUUUUUUUUAUUUUUCAAAAAUUUGUUUGAGCCAGGGUAUGCACUGCAUACCUUGCAACUGGAUAAUAAUAACAAAAUGAUAUAUCUUAAAUAUGUUAUUAUAAAAUUAUUAUAGUACCGUAGUAAAAUUCCUCAAUUUGAACUCUCGUAUUAUUAAGGGGACAUUGCUAUUGAGGAGUCUCAUUAGAUUUUGAGCACGAAUAUAAAAACUAUAUUUAGUAUUCAGGCUCCUUAUCCAUGUUAUCCACUUUUUAUUUGUUCCCGAAUACAUAUGCGUUCUACUGUA